AGUAGUGAAGGCCAUAAUUUUCUUUAACAUAAUUAGUAAAUAACAUACUUGUUACCACAAAGUAUCGAUACUUUUUCCGUACAGCCAUCAAAACAAUGCUAUCGCCAGGGCCAUAAAAAAAAACAACGCUACCGCCGCCACCCGCCAUCUUUGUAGAGGGCACUUCCUUCCUUUAUUGUCAGUUUUUUAGUUAGUUGAUCGUGCAUGGUUUAUUUUUGCGUGGUGAUGUGAGAAUAUUUUAAAGUGCAACCUUAGUAAAUUUAUAUAGAUUGUUUGAAAACAAUACGUUAAAGAAAAAAAAUACAAUGCAAUCAGGUAGCGGAACGAAAAAUCCGCCGUGGGCCAGGUCCAAUGUGAAUACAAAUAUGACCGGCAUGAAUCCUCAAAUCAUGGACCCAAACGCAAUGAUGACUCAACAAAGCAUGAUGCAGUUUCAACAAACACCAGCUGUAUUCAAUCCGGGUAUGAUGCAAGCACAAGGUGGAAUGGCUAUGCCUAUGGCAGGACAAAUGCCAAUGAAUCAAAUGGCUCAAAGUCAAAUAUAUCCCGGUAAUGUAGUAGCUUACCCUACACCACGUGCUAUGAAUCCUGGUUUAUAUCAAAAUUCACAGUCUAACCAGGGUUCAGCAAAUAAUGAACAGCGCGUCUUUACUGGGACUGUUACAAAGACUCACAAUGACUUCGGAUUUGUAGAUCAUGAUGUAUUUUAUCAAACAUCGGUUUGCGCUAAAGGUGUUGUUCCUAAAGUCAAUGAUCGCGUACUGGUUGAGGCAACAUACAAUCCAAACAUGCCUUUUAAAUGGAAUGCCACUAGGGUACAAGUCCUGCCUAAAAGUGGCCCCAAUCAAAAAAGUAAUAAUAACCAGAAGACAAAUUCUUACAAUGCAGUCCCUCCCCCAUCAAACAAGAAGUCAUUACCACCACGUCGUGAAGAACGUCCCCCAAGGCGAGAGGAAAGGAAGAGAUCUCGCAGUAGGAGCCGUUCUCGUUCAAGGCGAGACAGCAGAAGUCGUAGGGACUCACCUCCCCGCAAACGUCCAGUUGUACACCAGCCUUCUCCCUUCAAAUAUGUUGUUCGAGUACCUCGUAUGCCUUUGGACAUCCAAAAAAUUGAUGUUCCUGGUUUAUCUCAACGCUAUAGUAACUUGUACAUACCUUCUGAUUUCUUCAAUGCUAAUGUUAAGUGGGGUGAGACAUUCCCACCACAGUAUCCAUUCUCAUUAAACAAUCCAUGUGGAUAUCACAUCAUGGCUCGAGAAAUUGAGAAUCCUAAAGAAAAUGAUGCUGUUUUGGAGCCUCCAGAUGCAGACUACAGAUUUUCAGCUAAGGUGAUGUUAAUCAGUAUGCCAACACUAGAGACUCUGUAUCAAAAAUGUGGACUUACAAAAGUGGAUGAAAAAGAUAAAAGAUCAAGCAAAUCACCAUUACAUCCUACAAGACUUAUCAAGUUCCUUGUUGGCCAAAAAGGAAAAGGUGGUGAAAACUUUGCUAUUGGGGGACCAUGGAGUCCAUCAUUAGAUGGUGAAAAUCCACAGACUGAUCCUAAGGUUCUGGUGAAGACUGCUAUACGCACUUGCAAAGCCUUAACAGGCAUUGAUUUAUCCUCUUGCACUCAAUGGUACCGAGUGGUGGAGUUUUACUACUGGCGCGAAGGCAGCGGCGGCAAGUCCAGGCUCGAGUGUGUGGUGUUGUUCCUGCCCGACGUGUGGUCUGCACAGCCGUCGCGUAUUGAGUGGAGCAACGUUCAGGAGCAAUAUGGCGCGGCGUGCGAAAACGCCUUAAGGAAACUCGACAACCCCGACACCAGCGCCGAGUCCGGCGACGCAGCGCCAACGACGGCGCAGACUCCUUCGGUGCCAGUGGCGGCGGAAGCGGACGCCGCGCCAGCAGUGGAGAAAUCACAAAUUGAAAAUACUGAUGUCAAUGAUAGUAUGAUAACCAUUGACGAAAAUGAUGAUGAAGAGAGUAAACCUGAACCAACUCAUUAUUCUAAAAUUGAUCUAAAAACUAUUAAAGUGGAUCAGCUUAGAGAGGAACUAAGGGCACGUAAUGUCAGUUGUAAAGGAUUGCGUGCGCAACUGGUCUCUCGACUUUCAAAACUUAUUAAAGCAGAAGAAGAAAAAGAAUCUAAAGGUGAUGAUGUCAUGGAAGUAGAAGAUGAAGAUCAAAAAAAGAAGGAAACCAAUGGACAACAAACUGAGAAACAGGAUGAAAAACAGGCUCCUGAAACUAAGGAAAAGGAAAAAGAAGCAGAAGAGAAAGAAGAAAACAAAGAAGAGAAGAAAGAAGAACCAAAACCAGAAAAGACUGAGAAAGAGCUGGAGGAAGAAAAAAGGAAGCUGGAAAAGGAGAAGAAACUUGUGAAAUCUCGAUAUGAGCUGCCGAGUGCACCGCACAUUAUAGUACAUCCCUCGCAGAGCGCAAAGGGCGGCAAGUUUACUUGCAACGUGGCUACGUUAUCUCUGCUUCUUGACUAUAGGAUCACUGACAACAAAGAACAUAGCUUCGAGCUUUUCGUAUUCGCCGAGUUGUUCAAUGAGAUGUUGAUGCGCGACUUCGGUUUUUACAUCUACAAGACACUAUACACUUUGCCUGAGAAGGUAGAAGAGCCUAAAGUAGUAGUAGAUUUGAGUGACAAAAAUUCAGAGAAAGGUGAGAAGAAAGAUGAGAAAAAGGAUGAAAAAGAGAGUGAGAAAAAAGAUGAUAAUAAAAAGGAUGAGAAAGAGAAAAGCGACCGCCGCGACGACAAGCGGGACGGAAGGCGGCGCCGCGAUUCUCACAGCGACGACGACCGCAGCAAUUCUCCGCGUCGCCGCAGCCGCGGAGUAGAACUGCCGCCUGACCCAUACUUACUGCUAUCACUCGUGUACUUCGACACCUCUCGUGGAGGCAAUAUCUCCAAGAACGACCUACAAAACCUUUUCAUGAGUCUCGGAUUGGCCCUGUCCCGCUCCCAAAUCAGAGCUGUGCUCGAGAAAGUUUGUGUCAAAGACAACUUCAGCUACAAAAAUCUCACCCAAGCUAUAAAAGAUCUAGCUUCAGGCACUUCAGAAGCAAUGCAAGACUUGCCUUUAGAUUCAACUGUAGCAUCCACAGAAGUCCCGCCUCAUAUUGCUGAAUUGGAGGCUGCUAUUGCAGCAGGUAACAGGAACCUUUUGCCAGUGUUCAAUAGGCCCAGUGAGGGCGAAGAGAAGGGCUCUGGAGAAACUAAAGAUGUUAGUGAUUCUGAUAUGAAACAUAGGCGCGAAAAUAAGUCUGCAGUGUGUGAACAUGCAUUAGGGAGACCAAACCAUUACAUUAGAUUUGAUAAACCACAGAUCCUGGCAACUGAGCAGCGAUUCGUUCCUAGAAUAAUACGCGAGGCUAUUGAGAUUAAAAAAUAUCCAAAUUUCAAUAGGGAAGAUGGCGUGGUAAUGUACAAGUCUCGCGUGAUCGACGUGGGCGCGCUAGUGGCCGCAGAGUCGCGUGGGUCGGCGCACCGCGCGCGGCUGGAGGCAGCGCUGGAGCAGGUGCGGGCCGCGCUCAAGGCCGCGCGCGCAGCCGCCGCCUCCACGCAGCAGGCCGAGCGCGGCGCGCACGCGCAAGUGUCCGACCUCAGCGCCACGCUGGGGGCCGCCCGCGCGCGCAUCGCCUCACUCACGGCGAGCUCGAAAAUAUUCCAUUCCACAUUGAAGAGCAUCCAAUCUAAAGUAGAAGCUGUCGUCAACAUCAAAUAUGAGGAUGAUGAUGUUGUUGAGAUUGUCAACGGUCCAGCCAAGGCGGAGAAAGAAGUGAAGAAACAAGCAGUUGAUGAAAAAUCAGAUCAAGUAAAGGAAGAAAAACAAGAAAGCUCUCCAAAAGAAUCUGAAACUAAAACUGAAGUUGCAAAAGACAGCAAGGACAAAGAUAGUGAUAUAACAACCUCGGAGAACAUGGAUUUAGAUGAUAAGGAAUAAUGAUAGAAUCGAUAUAGUGCUCUAACUGUACAAUUUAUCAGAUGGAUAAAUACAGUUUAAAAGCUAUAUUUUGUAUAGUAACAAGUUAAAACUUCUAGAUCAGGGGGCUGCCUAACGGGAUUCCUAUGGCUAUUGCUGCGAUUUCAUUUUGUUAUAUUUGACUGCCAAAGGUUUUUCAAAUAACUCACGCUCAUUUUCUUUAAUAUUGUUAUUACCAAUGCAAAAGAAAAAAAAAGAAUCGCGAGGCAUUUGAAAACCUUCGGCGGUCAGAAAUAAUAAAGAAAUCGUAAGCGAUAGCCAGAGCAACGCCAUUAGGCGAUUGACCCCUAGGUCGACAUUAAUUAAUAUUCUUUUAAGUAUUUAGUCAUGUAACUUAUUAUGAUUAAGACUAUUUUAGAUUAUAUUCUGGGUUCGAUUACUUUAUUAAUUGUAAGCUAGUUCUGUAUUGUAAAGAAAGACAGUAGAACACAAUGGUGUUUCAAUAUUGUCAGCGAAUCUACAAUUUUAAUAUGUAUGACAGCAAUGUUUUCCAGGAGAAGAGAUUAUCAGAAUUGAUUUCAUUAUUUGGAGUGUAGUUCCAAUCGACCAUGUGUUUGUAUUUAAUAAAUUAAGAGGAUCGCAAUAAUACAGACAUUAAGUACAUCUAUAA